AUUGACGCUCCCGGGAAAAAAGUUCUGACGGCGAAGUAUCAAAACAUAGUAGUGAGCUUUAUAAGGUGAAUUGGUGGCGUUUCUGAUGAUUUUUAGGUGUCCGCCAAGCCUAAAAAUGCUGCGGCUACAGCAGAGCGGCUUUCUGCUGCGAUGCUGUCCACCCAAAACAACAACUGCAGUAUUUUCUGUCCGGGACAAGAGCGUUUGGGCAGAAGAGGCGGGGCAUCCCAGCGACAGAAAUGUCGACUUGCAGUCCAAGAUCCCCUUCGCCAGGGCCAAAGUUGGGCCGUUUUUCCAGGACAAGCCGAGACUGACCAACAUGUACCUGGAGGAUGUGACCUUGAAGGCUUACCUGAAGAGGAUUAUGCCGGAAGAGGUCCUACAAGCCAUCACCCCCGACCUGGAGCGGUUUGGGCGCCGGGUGGCGACUGACAUUGGAGUGCUGGGUCGUGAGUGUGAGCUGAACCCGCCAUACCUGACCCAGUACGACGCCUGGGGACGCAGGACGGACGAGGUGGUCACGUGUCAGGCCUGGAGGACGCUACACGACAUCUCUGCAGAGGAGGGCAUCAUAGCCAUACCGUAUGAGAGGGAGUUUGGCCAGUGGAGCCGGCUGUACCAAGUGGCCAAGCUCCACAUGUUCAACCCAGCAUCAGGGCUUUACUCAUGCCCCCUGGCAAUGACUGACGGAGCUACAAAGGUCGCUGAGUUGAGUGGAGACAGUUUACUGUUGGAGAGAGCAUACCCUCACCUGGUGUCCCGCAACCCUGCAGACUUCUGGACAUCAGGACAGUGGAUGACAGAGAGGAGAGGGGGGUCUGAUGUGGCCAAUGGUACAGAGACCAUUGCAGUUCCACAGGAGGAUGGGACUCACAGACUGUACGGGUACAAGUGGUUCUCCUCUGCUACAGAUGCUGACAUGACCCUGACUCUGGCCAGGGUGAUGGACAACACUGGAGAGGUAGUACAGGGCACACGAGGCCUGUCACUGUUCUACCUGGAGACCAGGGACAGCAGCGGACAGCUGAACAACAUCCAGGUGCAGCGGCUCAAGAACAAGCUGGGAACCAGGCAGCUGCCAACCGGGGAGCUCCUGCUAGAUGGCACUGUUGCACACAAGGUAUCAGACGAGGGCCGUGGUGUGGCAGCUAUAGCAGACAUGCUGACCAUCACACGUAUUCACAACUCCCUGAUGGCGUCUGGCUGUAUGCGGAGACUGUUGAACCUGGCACGGGACUAUAGCACUCGCAGGAGGGUGUUCGGAAAACUCAUCUGUGAACACCCUCUUCACAUGCAGACACUGGGGAGGAUGGAGACAGAGACCAGGGGUGCCACCUUGCUGGUUUUGGAGGUGGGGAGACUGCUGGGUCUACAGGACUGUCAGAUGGCAUCAGAACAGUACCAGCUGAUGCUGAGACUCCUCACUCCUAUCACCAAACUCUACACAGCUAAACAGGCUGUGGCUGUGUGCUCAGAGGGUCUGGAGUCGUUUGGAGGACAAGGCUACAUUGAGGACACAGGACUGCCCACUUUCCUCAGAGAUGCACAGGUUCUGAGUAUCUGGGAGGGGACGACCAACGUUCUGUCUCAUGACGUGCUGCGUAGCCUGGUGAAGACGAAGGGGGCCGUACUGCAGGCGUUUUACUCUGACACAGCUGCCCGGCUCAAGCAAGCUGUUGUAAAAGAAAAUCUCAGACCAAGCUGCCAAGCUGUGGAACUGGCCCUUCAUAAGACCAUGGCUUUUGCACAGAAGGCAGCCAGUCAGGAGCCAGCAAAACUGGAGGUGGCAGCCAGGGACCUAUCCUACAGUCUGGCCAGAACAUACAUAGGUGCUCUGAUGUUGGAACAUGCCAGUUGGGACCAGGCCUCUCCUACAGACAUCACUGCAGCUGUCAGAUGGUGCCAGCAGGAUCUGUGUCCAGUGGUGACCUCUGACCUGGCUGGUUGCUAUGGUAAUGAAGGCAUGGCCCAGGACACAGCACUCGUUAUGGAGGGGUACCAGGGUGGUGCUUCAUCACCGUGAUUAUAAAUAUAAACACGAAACAUGAGCAGAUUAUGUAUAAUGUACUUGUAAAUUUUACUGCCUUUACAAUGGCCUAAUGAGGGUUCACCUCGCAGGAAGGCUAUGAGAUCGAUCCAUGCCAAGUCAUACCAAAGACCUUGAAAAUGGUACAUUCUGCCUUCUCUGCUUAGCACUUGGUAUUUGGGAAAGAUUGGACUGGCCCCCUGCUGUAGUAAUUUGAGUGAGUACAAAGUUGAGAGACCCAAGGGCUAUUGAAAUGGAGAUGGUGUCACCCAAUGCACCAUAAAUGAUGUGGGAAGGACUUUGACUUGUUGUACUUGUAAAUUUUUAACAUAAUAGAAUGUGGAGUUUCUAACAAAUGUGUAUAAAGAUGUAAGACAAAUAUGUGAUGGAUUUACAUAUUGUCAAUAGCAGAUGUGGGUGUUGUCAAAUAAUCAGGGAAUUGGUAUAAGAAAGUAUGAUAUUUCAUAGAGGUAUGAGAUCUUUUUUUGUUUAGUUGAGGGUGACAGAAAGCUGUAUGUAUAAAAGGAUGUGGACCUGAGAGGUAUUUUGGUGACAUGAUUAUUUUUAAGUACAAUGUACUAGUAUUCAAUAUCCAUAUUGAUGGCUAAAGUGAUUUUUACACCCAGUAGCUCAAUAUUCAGAAUUAUUUAUGAAAGAUCUAUACACAUGUACUUAUUAUUAUGUUAUUACUGUAUCAUGUGAAUUUAUUGUUCUUGCCGAUACUGUAUUCGGAUUGAAAAUGAACUUGCUGAUUACAAUGGAUUGUGUUUCAAGAUUUAUACAGCACUAAGUAGAUAUCUCAUUUCCCAAGAGUAUAAUAAAGCCUUCAACCAAACAGUGACCUUCUGAAAUUGCAACAUGACAGAGGCAAAAUCAAGUCUCCUGUGAUCUCAUUUAUAAGCCUUAUACUUCAUUUAGCACAGUUUCCACUCCAGGAGGUGCCUGUAGCAGUAAUUAAUGGCAGUGACAGGCCAGGAGGCUUGAAGUAGAAUGACACAAAUUAGUUCUGAUUUAAGAUGUAGCCGCGGCGCAUCGUGUUCUAAAGA